GCGACUUUUCUUCAUGUUUAUCAUUAACCAAAUACAAAAACUGACCGGACCGAAGCUGGCAGUAUGACACGGGGUCAGCACAUUAACUAAUAACCUGUUGGAGAUAUUUUAUUGUUUCCUACGAGGGACUUAACUUACCCAACGUUGAAGGAAGCUAGCGUUAGCCGCUGCUGUUGGCUGUUUGGAACUUUCUUCUCCUCUUAAUGUCGUGCAGCACCACCAUUCUUCGUUAGUUUUUAUCCUCACUGUGGUCCAAUUAAACCCUCUUAAGAAUGGCGAGUGUGCACGAGAGUUUGUAUUUCAACCCUAUGAUGACCAACGGAGUGGUCCAUGCUAACGUGUUCGGUAUUAAAGACUGGGUGAGUCCGUAUAAGAUCUCCGUCCUGGCGCUGCUGUACGAGAUGACCGCGUCUAAAGUCACACUGCCAGAGAGAAGACGGCUCAAUAAACUCAUCCUGCCCCUGCAACAGGGUCCAGACCUGACUCUCGGCCAGUUCCUGAAGACCGUAGAGGAGUGUUGUCCUCAGACUGCAUAUGCUGUUAAACUCAGGCUGCAUGAAAUGGCAGAUGGAGAGCUGAAAGACAUGGAGUACUUCUUCUCAACUCUUCCCACUCCGUUCACCGCUUUUGAUUCUGAGGCUUAUAAAACCAGCGUUGUGGGUCUUUUUAUGAGACACAUGCUUCUGGCCUACAACAAGCUGUCCUUCAGUCAGGUGUACAAGCUGUACAAGUCCCUGCAGCAGUACUACCACAGUCACUACGCCAAGCCCACCGACGGGCUGGUGAGUUUGCCUGCGCUGGCCGCAGACGACUCCGACAUGGACCUCACCAGCACAGAGGAUACAGUAGGAGACCGAAUAGAAAGAGAGGAGGUGGACACACAACUGCAUGAGUCUGAGCUCCGAAAUGACAACACACCGAGCAGAGGUCCCCUGUCACAAAAACAAGCAGAGUACUUUCUUGCGAGACAGGCGUACCUUCUGAAGAAUGAUGAGAACAAAGCUCUAAAGCCGGCUCUGCUGCAGAAAGAGCUCAACAACAUGCUGAAGUUUAACCCAGAUUUUGCUGAGGCGCAUUACCUGAACUAUCUGAACAGCAUGAGAGUCCAGGACAUGUUCCUGUCUGCUCACAGUCUCUUACAUUACUUCGACCGCCUCAUCUUGUCUGGAAACGAGGGGAAGAGCAACGGGGACGAGGGCUACGGCCGAAGUCUCCGCUACGCUGCCCUCAAUCUGGCAAGCUUGCACUGUCGCUUUGGCCACUAUCAGCAGGCUGACCUGGCUCUACAGGAGGCAAUCCGCAUCGCCCAGGAGUCCAAUGAUCACGUGUGCCUGCAGCACUGUCUGAGUUGGCUCUACACACUGGAACAGAUGAAGGGAUCUGACAGCACUGUGUUAACUGAGGAUUCAGUAAAAAUGGCUGCCCAUUUCUGCCUGCCAUACCUGGCGUCUCUGGGCAUUCAGUCUUUGGUCCAGCAGGGGACGACACAGGGCAAGACUGCACACAAACUGAUGGAUGCGCUGAAGGACACAGACAUCCUGCACUGGAAGCACAGUCUGUCGGAGCUGAUCGAGAUCAGCCUGGCUCAGACUACAUCCAUAUGGAGGAUGUACGGCAAGAGCACCAUGGCUCUGCAGCAAGCCCAGCUGCUUCUCAACAUGAGCAGCCUGGAGCCAGUCAACUUCGGGGUCCAGCAGAACAACACGGAGGCCUUCUCCGUGGCUCUCUGCCACCUGGCUGAGCUGCACGCUGAGCAGGGCCUGUACAGUGCAGUUUCCGAGAUUCUCCAGCAUCUGAAAGAACAGUUUCCUCCUCACACACAGCACGCCAAGCUCUGGAUGCUGUGUGAUCUGAAAAUCCAGUUUGAAAGGCACAUGAAUGAAGGGAAGUACCAUUUAGCAGAGCCACUGGUAACAGCUAUCUCUGCCUUAAACAAAACUGAGGGUCUCUACAGGAAAGCUCAAGUUCUGAAAGCUCUCAAUCGGUCCACUGAAGCGUACAGCAUCUUACAGCGACUGCAGGUGCACUGUGAGAAGACCAAAUGUACAGAGACGGUCAUCAGAGUUAUGCUUUCUACUGCUCAGCUCCACUGGGAGUCAUCUGGUUUCUCCACAGCUCUUCCUCUCCUUCUGCAGGCCUUGGCUCUGGCUAGACAGCACCACCUACAGUCCCUGGCCUCAGAGACUAUCAUUCACCUGGCUUUCACUCAGCUGAUGUUGGGAGUUCCUGAGCAGGCUCUGGGUGUCCUACAUGAAGCCAUCGAGCCUGUCCUGGCGCACGGUGCAGUCAUGGACAAAGGUCGCGCCCUGCUGCUGACUGCCCGCUGUCAGAUGGCAGUGGCUGGGUUCAAGCCAAAUGGACAAGGACAAGCAGAUUUGCACCUGGUGGUUUUGGCCAUCGACUCGCUAAACGAGGCUGCAGGCUAUUUCUCCAAGUUGAGCUGUAAAGAGCGGCUCAGAGACGUUCACUACCUGCAGGCUCAGCUCCACCACGCUGUAGGACAAACCUCGCAGUGUAACAAAAGCGCCAUGCUCUUCCGCCUGCUGGACCAGGAGCUGCAAUCACCGGCGCCACCUGUCUCCAUGCGACUCUAACUUCUCUCUGUCCUUCCACAAACUGAAAAAGGACACUUUCCUUAACUGCUGAGUUGACCUACUCACCACUAGAUGGAGGUGAAGCUCUGUCCUGCUCUGUGUCAGCACUGAAGCAUGUCAUCUUUAUAAAUUUUGAUGAAGGUGAUUGUGGAACUCUGACGUUAAGUGACCAUAAUAAAGGACGAUGUCAGCAGUUUUAAAUAGGGCAAAGUUUCUUCCUGUUGAUGGAGAAUGGAGUCUUUGUCUCUUUACUGAUAGUCAGAUACAGAUUUGAAUGACAGCCUGUGGAUAAAUAUAACAUGCGGCUAAGUAGCUUCCACCACAGCAACAGCACAGGUCUGUCAGACGUACAUGCCGACUGUUCUUAGAAACGGUGAAAGUUUAUCAGGAGCUGUCACGCCGGUACUGAUUUACCCACCGCUUUUUGAUGAAUGAGGGUAAUAUCACAGUCAGCUACAAGAUGAAUGUGUUUCAGUGGCCUGGAUGAUUCAUAUUUCACCAGGAGAAUACUGAUGAAGCACAAAUCCGGAGGAGGAAAUCGUGAUCACAUUUAUAAUGUAAUAGACCUGCAGUGACAACGACAACGGCAGAUACUGUAUCUGUGUUACAAUUACGUCCGACACGAUUUCUGAGAAUUACUCUGUCUGAUAAGAUUACAUUUAGGUGUUCUGACUGGCCUGUAAUCUAUUACUUGAAGCACUUCCUUUAAGAAAAUAAAAGAUCAGUUUAAUCUGAAG